CUGCUGCAUGUAGCUCCUAUUUUAUCUGAAAGAAGAGAUCUCGACGUUUGUUUUCCAGACCGAAAAAACAACGACAUCCCGACCGAGGAGCUACCGAAAGGACGGUAGCAUGAUAGUCGUGGAGGGGACUCGGAAGGAAGAGGGCCCGUAUCUGCAUUUCACUUCGCCUAAACCGAGUUCAUUGAGUCGGUAACCAGCGUCCGACAUGGGGAAGGAGGUAAAUGGAGUCUCGCGGAGCCGGUUUGAGAUGUUCACAAAUAGUGAUGAGGCGGUCAUCAAUAAGAAGCUACCUAAGGAGCUGUUGCUACGAAUCUUCUCCUUUCUGGAUGUGGUGACACUCUGUCGCUGUGCCCAGGUCUCACGGUCCUGGAAUGUUCUGGCCUUGGAUGGCAGCAACUGGCAACGAAUCGACCUCUUCGACUUCCAGAGGGACAUUGAGGGCCGGGUGGUGGAGAACAUCUCAAAGCGAUGGGGGUUCCUUAGGAAGCUGAGCCUGCGGGGUUGCUUGGGUGUGGGUGACAGCGCCCUGAGGACUUUCUCUCAGAACUGCAGGAACAUCGAGCUGCUCAGUCUGAACGGCUGCACCAAGAUCACUGACAGCACGUGUAGUAGCCUCAGUAAGUUCUGUCCAAAGCUGAAGCACCUGGACCUCGCCUCCUGUACCUCAAUCACCAACCUGUCACUCAAAGCUCUCAGUGAGGGUUGUCCCCUGCUGGAGCAGCUCAACAUCUCCUGGUGUGAUCAGGUCACCAAGGACGGCAUCCAGGCCCUGGUGCGUUGCUGUCCAGGACUCAAAGGCCUUUUCCUUAAGGGAUGCACACAGCUAGAGGACGAGGCUCUGAAACAUAUCGGGGCUAACUGUCCAGAGCUGGUCACACUAAACUUGCAGACAUGCUCACAGAUCACAGAUGAGGGCCUCAUCACAAUUUGCCGGGGGUGUCACCGCCUGCAGUCCCUUUGUGUGUCAGGCUGUGCCAAUAUCACAGACGCCAUCCUUCACGCCCUGGGACAGAACUGCCCUCGCCUCAGAAUAUUAGAAGUGGCUCGCUGCUCUCAGCUUACAGAUCUGGGCUUCACUACAUUAGCAAGGAAUUGUCAUGAGCUUGAAAAGAUGGAUUUAGAAGAAUGUGUGCAGAUCACAGAUGGAACACUGAUUCAGCUGUCUAUCCACUGCCCUCGUUUGCAAGUCCUGAGUCUGUCUCACUGUGAGCUGAUCACUGAUGACGGCAUCAGACACCUCGGCAGCGGCCCCUGUGCUCACGACCGUCUGGAGGUGAUCGAGCUGGACAACUGCCCCCUGAUCACAGAUGCCUCACUGGAGCACCUGAAGAGCUGCCAUAGUCUGGAUCGCAUUGAGCUCUAUGACUGCCAGCAGAUCACCCGCGCUGGCAUCAAGAGACUAAGGACCCAUCUGCCUAACAUCAAAGUGCAUGCAUACUUCGCUCCCGUCACUCCACCCCCCUCCGUCGGGGGCAGUCGUCAGAGGUUUUGCCGCUGCUGUGUCCUGCUAUGAUGUAAAGACAACAACCCCCCCUUUCCACUCCCCAUGUCCCUCGUACACGCUCCCAGCAGCCCGUCACCUGACCCCGGACCUGCUGUCCCCCUCCUGGCGCCCUGUCAUAGAGUAUAUGCUGGUGUGCCCCCCCCCC